AUGCUUCCUUCGGUCGGCCGGUUCGCGCCUCGGCUUCCCGGCCUCCUGGCCAUGAGCUCCGUGCGACCACUGAGAUGCGCCCAUCAAUCCUCACCUGCAAAGGCAGCAUUGCGCCUCGUCAGCUCGGCCGCUAGCCAACCCGGCCUCCCCGAGUUCAGGCUCGACGGAAAGGUUGUGAUCGUGUCGGGCGCCGGGCGUGGCCUCGGUCUCGUGCAGGCCGAAGCGCUGCUCGAUGCGGGGGCCAAGGAGGUGCACGCCGUGGACCGGCUGCCGGACCCGUCGCCCGACUUUGCCCGCAUCGCCGACCGCGCCAAGUCGGAGCUGGGCUCUAGCUUGACGUACCACCGCAUCGACGUCCGCGACGUGCCCAGGCUGAACGAGACAGUCCAGCAGAUUGCCGACCGCCACGGCCGGCUGGACGGGCUGAUCGCCGCCGCCGGCAUCCAGCAGGAGACCUCGGCGCUCGAGUACGCGGCCGAGGAUGUCGAGAAGAUGAUGAGCGUCAACGUCACGGGAGUCUUCAUGACGGCCCAGGCCGUUGCCCGGCAGAUGGUGCGCCUGAAGCAGGGAGGUAGCAUCGUUCUCAUCGGCUCCAUGAGCGGAACGGUUGCCAACAGAGGCCUGAUCUGCCCGCAAGUCGCCCCCCAAGAGACUGAGGGCAGAGCAUACAACGCCUCCAAGGCGGCCGUGCUCCAGCUCGGCCGAAACCUGGCCUCGGAGUGGGGUUCUGCGGGAAUCCGGGUCAACACCAUCUCGCCGGGCUACAUCGUCACCGCCAUGACGGAGGCGCUUUUCGACAAGUACCCAGAGAGGAGACAGGACUGGGCCAACGGCAACAUGCUCGGCCGCCUGAGCAAGCCCGAGGAGUACCGCGGCGCAGCCGUAUUUCUCAUCAGCUCGGCUUCUAGCUUCAUGACGGGCGCGGACCUGCGGAUCGACGGCGGCCACUGCGCUUGGUGA